UUUAAGUUUCCUUGCAAUAGACGACACGUAGGCAUCGUCGUCUGCACUACACAUGUAUGUGGCGUCAAAACUCCCUCCUUUCUCUUUCCUUUUCCCUUCCCAUUUCGUUUCCUAUUGAUUCCCAUUUCCAAAUUCCUCUCUCUGUCUUAAACUUUUUUUUUUAUUUUUACCAAUGGCGGAAACCUCUGCACUCUGUUUCUCACAUUUCUCCUCAAUUCCAUCAAUUUGUCGCUCCAAGGAAUCCAAUUCCUUUCUCUCCACCACAUCCUCUAAAUUCUCCAAUUCAAAUCCUCGCUCAUCUCGCUCCCUUCGCUUAACUUGCAAAGCCUCAGAUUCCAGUAACUUUCUCGGCGAUGAUUCCUUCGAUUUCUUUCCCUGGUCUGACGGCGAUAGCGUUAUUGAGUGGAUUCAAGAGGAGAAAGUCACUUUGUUUACAGCUGAUGGGCUUAUUCAAAUUGGAGGUUCUGUCGUUCCUCGGCUAGUCAGUUCUUCAGAUAAGAAGCAAGAAAAGUCAAAAACCUCUCAGAGAUUUCAAAGAUUUCAAGAGAGUGAUUAUAUGGACCCAAAGCAAGGCUUGUGUUUGGGAGCACUCUUUAAUAUUGCAGCAACAAAUGGACUUGACAUGGGCAGAAGGCUCUGUAUCUUUGGAUUUUGUCGAUCAAUUGAGAUGCUAAGUGAUGUUGUUGAAGACACUGUUUUGGAGCAUGGUGGGGAGGUUGUUGCUGCAGAAAAGGCAAUUAAAGGUGGUUUGCAUGAAAAGCUAACCAUGACAGUGGCGGUACCAUAUCUGUGGGGUGUUCCUCCUGCUUCAGAAACACUUCGCCUUGCUGUUCGGAGUGGCGGAGGGAUCGUAGAGAAGGUAUACUGGCAAUGGGAUUUUUUGUAAAUGAUGUAUUGUCAAGUCCUGUGUCCUAACUAUUAUUUGUGCAUUAUGUACAUAUAAUUGUUCUGUUCCUAUGUACAAAAUUUAAGGUGCUGUGUUAUUCAUGUACAAUGAGAACUCAAUGUUAAUAACUAAUUGAUUAUUUUCAA